AAGCGUACGUUCCAAUGGAAUUUGAAUAAGAGUUUGAAUAGGGUGUGUGAUAAUAAUCAAUGGUCAAUGCAUUCGUAAGCCUUUUAGUUUGCUUAUUGGUACAAUCAAGCAGCGCAAUUCCUAAAAGGAUGGCUAUUCGAUGUAACUUUGAUGACACCGGACUGCGACGACUGCAGCUUUUAGUUUCGCUGUGUCUGCAGAUGGGCUAGACGACUACCGUCACUGCAUAGAGUUCGUUUGCUUGCUGUCGACAAAACGCUAAAAUGUCCGGGAAUUACUGGAAAACACAAUUUUUUUCCUUGUUUGACUAUAAGACUGAAAAAUAUAUAAUUGCCAAGAACAAGACAGUCGGCGUUUUAUACAGACUUGUACAAUUAUUCAUCAUUGGAUACAUUAUUGGGUGGGUUUUCCUGACCAAGAAGGGCUAUCAAGAAACAGAAGAAUCCAUCCAGAGUUCUGUGAUUACUAAACUGAAGGGUGUGACUGUCACUAACACGACAGAGUCUGGGCUACUGGUUUGGGGGCCUGAAGACUAUGUCAUUCCUCCUUAUGGUGAUGCAGCACUAUUCAUUGUAACUAACUUUAUAGAAACACCAAACCAGAAGCUGGACUUCUGUGCUGAGAGCUUCAAGGUGUUGGACGGCCUCUGCAGGGCAAAUGAGGACUGUGUGGAGGGAGAAACGGUUGUUGCCGGUAACGGUGUUAUGAGUGGUCGCUGUUUAAAAAGGGAUAGGAACUCUACUGGUACCUGUGAAAUAUAUGGCUGGUGUCCUGUAGAGAGAAAGACCCAACCACAGGGCCCUAUAUUAAGAAAAGCAGAGAACUUCACUAUUUACAUAAAGAAUUUCAUCAGAUUUCCAAAAUUUUCUUUCUCAAAAUCCAAUGUUCUGGACACAUCUAACGAUUCAUAUCUAAAAACAUGUCUGUAUGACGAGGUCCUCCACCCCUACUGCCCUAUAUUCCGCCUGGGAGACAUUACAAACCGAACGGGACACAGCUUCCAAGACAUGGCCUUGAGAGGUGGUUCAGUAGGCAUUCUGAUAGAGUGGAAUUGUGACCUUGACAAGAGCUCCUCUAAAUGCCAUCCACGCUAUCGUUUCACUCGCCUGGACAUCAGUGCUUCCAGUGACUCCAUUACAUCAGGUUUCAACUUCAGACAUGCUCGCUAUUACAAAAAUGCUGCAGGGGAAAGCUACCGAACUCUAUUUAAAGUGUACGGUGUCCGCCUAGAUAUUAUGGUGAAUGGAAAGGCUGGGAAGUUCAGCAUAAUUCCUACGGUUAUCAAUAUAGGCUCAGGAGUCGCUUUGAUGGGUGCUGGAGUGUUCCUCUGUGACAUGGUCCUGCUUUACCUCAUGAAGAAGAGUGAGUUCUACCGAGAGAGGAAGUUUGAAGUGCCUAGGAAAAAUAAGAGUCUAAAAAACCAUAACAAAAUAGAGGACACAAAACGGCUGGAACAGCAACAGCUCACUGACCUAUCACCAGAGACAUAGUAGCCAUGAUGGCUCAACGUCUCCUAUCACCAAAGGCUUAGUUGUCAUGGUAGCAACUCAGCGAAGAAUCAACAGUGGCUACUUAAAUGUAGAAAGUUAUUUGUCUGAUACUUGAGACAAAUAAUGCUUGUACACACUGGUAUCAGACCACUGACCUGGAGCAGGCCAAAAUGCUAAAACAGGACUGGAAAGGAAACAUUUGAAAAUACAUUGGAUUGAAGUGAUGAUGGAUACUUUUAUGGAUGGAUACUAGUAUUUUUCCAUUGUGGAUAAGCUUUCAACAUGCUGACCUCACCAUUUUAAGCAGCUGCAUUCUUGAGUUAUUUGUUUUUCUCUGGAUUUUCAAUUAUUUUUGUUUCUGUGCUGUCUCCGCUAGUCUUAAACUCUAUGCUCUUCUGAUUGAUCACUUUAAUUGUGAGACACCUUAUCAUUUUGGACAAGUACUGUAUUGAUAAAUACAAAUUAUUACAAAAAUCAUUUUUGAAAUAUUUGACCAUUUUAUAAUGUUCUUACAAAGUUGAUGAAAGGUAGCCUUGUAGGCAGGUACUCUGUUGAAGUUUAAAACUAUUGGAUCUGCCCAGAGCCACUCUGAUCUGCUAUAACCAAUCGCUAGCGUUCGCCUUAGCCAAUUCCUUCACCACUACUGUAACAGAGCUAGCUGCCGUAGCUGGAAAAUCAAACUGUUCCCGAACCCCGUGGGGAGGAGGGCCACAACAUCAUG